CAACCAAACGAGCAAGAUAGGCCAAAGGACGUCCUCUCAUUUGUAUGUUCUUAUAAAUGCAGCUUGGAAAUGUGGAUGGCUGAGGCAGAAUUACACAAGGAAAGGCUUCAAGCCCUAGCAGAAAAAAGAAAAAGGCAAAUGGCAAUAGAAGAUAAGAGAAGACAGCUGGAAGAUCUCAUACUGCAGCUACAACAUUUAAAGUCCAAAGCGAUGAGAGAGCGGUGGCUUUUGCAGGGAGCUCCAGCAGACACUGUAGAGGAGGAGGAAUCCCGGAGGAGACAGGCAGAGGAAGACGAGUUCAAGGUGAAGAAACUGGAGGACAACAUCCACAGACUGGAGGUAGAAAUAGGUCAACUUGAGAGAGAAGAAUCCCAGAUUUCUGCCAAAGAACAGAUUCUCAGAGAAAAGCUCAGAGAGACAGAGAAAUCCAUUGAGGACUUGCAAAAGAGUUUCGAGAAUCAAGAUGGAGAUGCAGUGAAUUACAUUUACUCCCAGAUCCCUGACCUCCCUGAGCACUAUUCCCAACAAACAGAGGUGGCUUCUGGGGACGACAGACUCCCAAAGAAGACUGCAAUGUAUGCCAUGGAGGUCAGUGUGGAGAAAGACAAACAGACGGGAGAGACCAAAAUCCUCUCCACCUCUGCUGUAAGUCCAGAAUGGAUCCACCAGAGAGGAGUCAAGGUCUACGAUGACGGCACCAAAGUAGUGUAUGAGGUCCGCUCAGGAGUAGGCACAACAACCAUGGAAAAUGGUGUUCACCCCUGGAGCUCCUCUGACGUAGAUGAACUUCUCCAUCGGGUUGGGCAGUCGCAGACCAUCGGGGUCUCUGAAAGGGGGACUGUAUCUCCCAGGGCCCCAGCCACCACUGGCAGUGGCAACCUGGGCCAGCAGAAAGAACAGAUGGUUCAUAAGGAAGCCAAGCUGGAGAUGGUGCACAACCUAGAAAAGCACCGGGGUGGGAAUCCCAAGUACAGUUUUGACGAAGUGACCGACGCACCUGAUGCCACCUCAGAGAAACCUGUGACCAUGAUCUUUAUGGGGUACCACAACGUGGAGGAUGAAGAGGAAACAAAGAAGCUGCUUGGCUACGACGGAACCAUCAAGGCUGAGAUUGUGCUUAUUGAUGAAGAUGAUGAGAAGUCUCUGAGGGAGAAGACAGUUACCGAUAUUUCCACCAUGGAUGGCAACGCUGCUGACCUGGUCUCUGGGUGCCCACUGUCUGACACUACCGAACCUUCCUCAGAAGGCAAAGAUGAAAGCUUGGCCAAGGAGGCACCACCAGCAGGUUCAGAGGCUGCCUCUCCUUUGCUGGUGAUUGUGAAGAAUGAAUCUUUUAUAUGUGACCCUGCAUUCCCACAACAGUCUUCUCUGAAAUCUUCCUCCAAAAGCCUAGAGGAUGACAGUAAAUUAAAGGAGAGAGGCUUAAAGAGUGUCAGUUUCCUGGAUUCUGUCGACAUAAUCUCUGGAAGCAAACAUAAAAUGGAAUUUGAAGCCCCUUUUUCAGAAUCCCAGUCGGAGAACCAUCAUGGCUGCUUUCCUACCAAUGGUCAAAACGGCUUGAAAACCAGACAUGAGUCACUGGACAGUGAUGUCGCCAGGGAGAUCCAAUACUUGGAUGAGGUCCUGGAGGCCAACUGCUAUGACUUGGCUACAGAGAACCCUUUUAAUGGAACAUCCUCUCCAGAACCAAAUACAAUCACAGUCGAUAGCUCUGGACCAUCAGUCUACGUAUCAGGUGAAUCUUCACCUACCAAUGAAGUAAUAGUGGUAGGCAGGAAGCAGGCAGAAGCUACUUUUAUAGAGAACCAGAAUACCAACCAAGUGAGACCCAAUGGUCACAAUUUAAUUGAGGAGUCUGAUUCCUACAUGCCCCAAAGGGUGUCUGGUGAGCCAACCUUAACAACUAUCAAGAAAGAGGCCAAGUUUGAGCUGCGGGCUUUCCAGGAGGACAAGCCAUCUAAGCUCUUUGAUAGUAGUUUAGAGAAGGCAAACGUUCGAGUGAAGAAGAUUCGUCCCGCAGAGGAGGUAGCAGAACUGGAACGGGAGCGGAGAGAGCUUAUCAGGAGCCAGGCUGUAAAGAAGAAUCCAGGUAUUGCCACAAAAUGGUGGAACCCCCCCCAAGAGAAGGCAGUAGAGGAACAGCUAGAGCCUGACCAGCUGGAGUCACAUAAAAAGUAUGAAGAACGCAAGCAGAAAAAGCCUCAAGUAGUAAGUGUGCCACCAACAUCACCCAAGCAGACAUCGGCCCCCUUUGUGCCACCAGAGCCCAUGAACAUCAACAAGGAAGCCAUAGUGACAGAACAGAUUGACUUCUCCGCAGCCAGGAGGCAGUUUUUAAUGAUGGAGCCCACUAAGCAGCCUAGCAUUCCAAGGAGAACUGUGGCUCCCAAACUGUUUUCAGCCAAGCCGUUUUCCAAAACACCCCAGCCGGCCCAAAUGGAGAGGCCAGUAAGCUUAAUAACAGUGACAGGGUCUGAUCCUAGCCAAAGCCAGGCUUUGCAGGACCAUGAAGUGACCACAAUCAAAGCUGAGAAAAUAUAUUAUGUACCAGAUGAUCAAGAUGAAGAUGAAAAGGAAUCGCCAAAUGCUUCACCAAGUAUAGCAGAUAAUGGAUUGGAAGAGGAGCAGGUUACCAAAACAUGGGAAGACGAUGGAGAUUUCAAAUGCGCCAGAGCAGUGAUGACUAUUCUGAAAGAGGAGGAUCAUGAUAUGUCGUAUCCAUAUCCGCGGUCAGUUAAUGUCUCCUACCAUCCAGAAGAGCUUGACUCUGGCUUGGAUGACCUAUCUCUCAGAUCGCAGGACACCACAGUGUUAGAAACCUUGUCCAAUGACUUCAGCAUGGAUAACGUGAGCGAUAGUGGUGCUUCAAAUGAGACAAUGAAUGCCUUCCUGGAGAACUCAAUGGGAGAUUUCUCUCUGCCAUCUACUCCACAAGCCAUGACUCCAGUUGACUGCAAAAUGGAAGGGGGGGCCAAAUCACCAAGUGAGCAUAGCAUUUCCCCCCACCAGUCCACCUACCAAGGUGCCCUGCUGACAGAGGAGCAGCUGGAGUAUCAUGCAGAGAUUCUAGUCCAAAAUGCAAUUCAGCAAGCCAUUGCUCAGCAGAGUGAUGGAAAGGACAUUAAAACUCAACAAGCCCUGGAACAGCAGCCUUGCAGCCCCACUAAACAUGUGAAAGAAGUUGAGCAGCAACCCACCCCUGAAGAAGCAGCCUCCAAGUUUGAGCCACACCAAGUGUCAUCUCCAUUGAAGGAAAAUAAGGACAUUAAGCCAAAGAUCUCAGUUGAGAGACUAGACCUUGGGGACAGCUUCCAGCACCCCCUGGUGGUACCUUCCAGUCAGCCUACCCCAACAGAUGACAGACAGGCGUUCAGCUACUUUAGUAAGUACUCCGAGGCAGCUGAACUGAGGAGCACAGCUGAGGCCGUGCGAAUGCAUGAGCCAGAGGUCACCGCUGGGCCUUUCAAGCUACGCUCUAGGAAGCAAAGAACUCUCUCCAUGAUCGAGGAGGAGAUCCGCGCGGCUCAGGAACGAGAAGAUGAGCUGAAGAAACAGCGUCAAAGUCUCAGCACUGCACCAAGCCCCACCAAGAAGAGUGGACCGGGUUUACCCACCAGAACAGUGUUCACUGGGAAGACAGCUCCAGGCAAGAUUGAGAAGAUUCGCCCUGCUCCUCCUGCUUUCCCCUCUACUGAAGGCCCACUCCCAUCCUCGCUGCCUGACAUAAGAAAUGAGGAUGCUGGGGGCAACCAGCGGCCCAAAAACUACAUGCAGACCCUCAUGGAAGACUUUGAAUCACACAAAACUAAACGACGGGAAAAGAUUGACGAAACAAGUGUUUUGGAUGCGACAAGGGUGACGCGCAGGAAGAGCUCAAUGGCACUGCGAUGGGAGGCUGGGAUUUAUGCCAACCAAGAUGAGGAGGAGUAACCCUUCUGUCCCACAGACACACACAUGCACCCCUCCACACCCGUUGACAAUCACAGAACUGCAGAACCAGGACUGGACAUCCUUCACCUAAAUAUUUAUUUUAGCUAGGCUUUCCAUUAGAAGAGAACGACCGACUGACCGACGAACUGGGAUUGCCGACGCACACGACAAAAAAAGGCUUUCUUGCUUCUCAAUAAAAUCACAAGAACCAUGCAAAGGAGGGGAAACUUACAACUGCUAGUGAGGACAUGAUUUUGUUUUUCAGGUUUUACUUUUUUAACAUUGCGUUUCUUUUUUUUGAGUUCUGCUGGGAAAGUGCAAAGAGAGACUGCAAGCAGCAGAGAGAGAUGAGCUGUGUCUGUGUGGAUGGGUUCAUUUUGUGAUAACUGAAACCUAACCUGCCUAUCUCAUUUGUCCCUACACCAGGAUCUGAAGCUCUGUCUAGGGCACAACAGCAACCACAGCAACCAUUUUAGACAGUAUUAUGUUAUAUUAAGAAGGCAUUAUAUUUUGCUGGGAAUUUAAUAGUGUAAGAUAAAAAAAAAGCCAGCCUGAGUGAUACAAAUGCCUGCGAUCAACCUUUUUAAGCUGUUCACGAAGGCUGUCUCUUUAAACAGUCCUAAAACACAGAUUUGUAAAGGCCAUUCUGAAUGCUAAUCUGAGUUUACAAGCAUGGAUUCCAGCAAGGAUCUCAUUAAUAGUAUCCCUUUGGGUUGGUCUGGAUACACUCGCACAUACAUAUAGUAUGCAAUAUAAAAUGCAUACUCAUACCACUUCAUUGAUGUCAGCACAGAAAACAAGAUCUGCCAUGAUAAAUGUCAUAAGUCAUGCAACACAGGUUCACCACACUAACUGGGUCAGCUAGGCUAUAAACUAUAUGGCCACAGCCAGUCUCCACCAGUUUGUUACUGAGCUGGUUCUAAUACUGGUCAGUUUCAGUGUCUGUAUGUAUACAUAUAUAAAAUUCAUCAGCUGUCAGUGGUGCUAGCAGAACCACGGCAACACAGAUAAAGGCAGGAUCUUUCACUAAAAGCAAAGUGAUCUACUUUGAGUUGAUGUUACAAUUUCAACUCAACUGCUACUUCCUUAAAGAAAAUUGGAAGCUACCACAGUAACAAUACUUCCAUUAUAAUCAAUAAUUGUAUGCAGUCAUUUUCAAUAGUACUACAAAAUACACUGCCUUAAAAGUUUACCGUAUCCAAAAUAAAGCAUUUUAUUGUGUUAUAAUAUUUAAAGGUGUAGUAUGGACAUGCCACUAAAACCACACCAUUUUUGACAAUCAUGCGAGAGCCUGUUGUUAUGGAGGCACCCAUGCCCUCAUAAUAAACACAUUAACACUCUUGAUAAAGUAGUUUCAGAUGAUGGUCUGUUUUUGUAGGUUGGCAGAUUUAUCUUUUUUUUUUUUUUUUUUUUUUUUUUUUUUUAUAAUUUUCCUGCAAUUAAGCUGGGUUUUUACUCAUAAUUUAUGAACUGCUGCUGUCAUUCUAACUCUGUGGCAAAUGCAAAGUCUAUAAAUAUUAUAUUGAAAAACAACUUAUGUGCAUAAUCCUACAUAUAUACAGCGGUAUUCAUUAUAUUAUAUAAGUAUAUGUUCUGUUUUAGUGUUUAUUUGCUUGAUCAUAUUAUAUCCAGCUUGAACAAAAAUAAUGAUGGUCAUUGGGCGCAAUUAGCAUAUAAACUUGACCUAUGACAUGAAUGGAGGCCACUAACCUGGAGACCUGAUUUCUGAGGCAAUCUCUAGGUUUAAAAUUGCCAGCCAUGUAAAUCUGAGUUUUCUCAACAUGUAAAAGCAGCUGUCACAGUCAAUGCAGUAGGCCCUGUUAUAUAUGUUCCAUUGUGUUCAUUAUUGGUAUAUAUUAAAUUGCGGGAAAAUGUAAUGAAACCCUUGCCCUCAUUAAAACAUAUCCAAUAAAGACCCCCUCCCUUCAGAAACCAGCUUAACCAUUCUACAAUAUAAUACCUUUUCAGUUUUGAUGGUGUUUUGUAGGGGCUGUUAUCGGUUGCAAUAAAAAUUUGAUGGUGGAAAUGGGUUAGGCCAAAACAGAAGUGUGGAUUUUUAAUUCCAGUUGACCCUUGGGUAUGGGAUGCUUGGAUUGACCCAAAAUCCCAAAGUAAAGAACCUGCAUUUCCAUACUCAGUUUCACACUGAACACAUAUUUAAUUUAGGUAGCCUUUAGAUGUACUCACUUCUUUAUGACUUGGAGCACCCCACAAAGUCACCAGUCAAAUGACCAAUGAAGUGGAUCAGGAAAUUGGAUGAACGCCCUCUCAGGACGUCAAAAUGGACACUUGGCAAACCUGGAAAAGACACCUUGAACAUGAUUAUCAUAACUCUUUAAAUAUGGUAUCACUUUUCAAGGGAUUCCCUACCAUAUUGCAAGUAAAUGGCUUUUGCACCCACCCUUGAGACUUGUGUCGGACGUUGACGCACUUUGUUAUCCCUUGUACGAAGAAUAUGAUAUAUAUAUAUAUACACACUCACAACAUAUAUCUUUCUCUUUUGACUUUUUGUUGCCAGUAUUAAGAACGAUCCAGGAAUCUUGUAUGAAAGGCACUGAUAUUCACAAUGUCAGAAAGGACUGAUUUGGCUUGCUGCAUGACAUACUGAAUUGGGACUUGUGCAGCAGUUUUCUCUUUGGACAUUUCAAGGAGAACUGUGGUAUUUAUUCUUUGUGCUUUUUUAUGUUACUCGUAAGAAUGAGAGGGGCUAACAACUUUUUUUUGUACCACGUAAGCAAUACAUUUACUUCAUGGUUACGGUAAUUUCUGGAUUAGGAAUUUCAGAGAGAACAUUCAUUCUCCUAUAACCCCCAAAAAUUGUUUUUACUGAAAGUAAAGCAGCUGCUUGUCACCAGGAACACAAACGCAAGUCUUAAUUUAUGAACUGAAAUGCAGUUGGGUCCGAAUUAUUAUUAUUAUUCUCAUGAAAGCAAGUAAGUUCUUUUUUUUUUCUAUUUCAGUGAUAUACAGAGUUGCAUUUUGUUAGUAUUGAUUUUCUGUAAACUUUUUUCUUAUUAUUUACUGUUUGAAAAUACUAAUUUAAUAUUAACAUCACACAUGCAUCAUGACACUUCUUAAAGGAGAAACAAUCAUAGCCAGCCAUGGUUAAAUGACAGAAUUAUAAAACAUACAGUUAACUUUUUAAUGACGUUGAUAUGAGUACAGACUGAAUAGUUAUUUUGUAUAUUGGUGUGGGACUGAAUUGAGAAUUGAUUUACACAUUGCCUUGUUGCAGGAGGCUGGUUUUAGUGUGUGCACAGGGAUUACAUUAUUAAGGUUCUUAAUGGACAAAUACAUUAGUGAAAUAAAAUACACAUUACAAACUGUUGGCGUGGAAGUGAAACUUAGCGUGAGCCAGUGCGCUUGUCUGGGAAGGUUGUUAAAUUUCUGAAAAGUUGUGCAUAUUUAAAGUGGUUUAAAAGUCAGGGGAAUUCUGUUUGCAGCUGUGGAAUUGUUUCUGAGGUUUGUUACUGAUUGUAAAAGCAGGUUUUGAUGCGAUAGUAAGAACUUGUGUAGUAUUUAUUAGAUAUUAAUCCGGCACUUCAUGAAAAAUGUGGAAGUACUGAUAAUGCUAUAUACAGUAUUUUUUGAAAGGAGGACUCCAGGUUCUCCAGUCAUAAGUGACAAUAGUUUGUGUUAUUCAUUUCCAGGUUAUGUUUUAUUUGUUAUAUUGAGUGGCACAAUGCCUGAAUUGAUUGCAGUUCACUACACAAUGUAAGGUAUAUUGUAAUGUGGUUUAAUGUAGUUUAUUAGUAUGUCUGUCUGAAUGGAAAGUGACUCCUAGAGUAAUGAAUGAUGAAGAGAUGUCGGAAUAGACUAAUUUAGAAUAUUUAGGGGCUCUGUAGAGUAACGUUCAGUCAUAGCUGGGAAGUGCUUGAUUUUGCAAUGCAAUCUUGACAGAUAGUGGUACUCAUAAUCGGCUAACACCACAUGAGGAUGCUUUCCUUCCAAGGUCAAACCACUGUCUGACCAGUAGUUUAGCCUUGUAUUGUUUAACCAGCAAAUGAGUUCUGUUCUUGGUGCUUUGGAAUACACAUUGAGACACACACUGAUGUAUCAGAAAGAAAACACAUACACACCACAUGACUCAAUAUUAAAAAUAGACUGUUGCUUCUAAUCCAGAAACUACAUGAAACUAUGUUGUAGAUGCCAGGAGUGAAAGACUGGUACUAUGCUAGUGCUGUUUAUGUCAUCCUAUACAGAUACU